AUGCAGCUCCUCGUCCUGCUCCUCACCAGCCUCGUCGCUGCCACCGCAGACUGUGCCGGCCCCUCGCCAGUCCACGCGACCACUGGCCCAGCCAAACCUCGCGUCAGCAGCAGCAGCAGCAGCACGACCACAAACAGGACUCCCGCCCCCAGCGCCAACACCAACGCCGGCACCUCCUCCGCCGCCCUCGCCCUAGGCCCCACCUACAAAACCACCGUCACCUUCUACGGCGCCGGCGACACCUUCGGCUCGCCCAACUGCAACACCGACACCGCCGCCUGCGCCUUCUACACCUCCCCCGGCUACAGCGCCGCCGCGAGCCAGAAUCUGUUCGGCGUGGGCCCCAGCGCCGGCACGGGCCCCGCCUGCGGCACCUGCUGGCGCCUGACGGCGCAGACGGACAGUUCUGGCCACGCACUCAGCAACGCGGGGAACGCCAUUGUGGUCAUGGUCAAUAAUCUGUGUCCUGCGCAGGGGAAUCCGCUGUGUGCGCAGAACGGGCUAGGUGGGGUGAAUCAGUAUGGUGGGAAUGUCAAUUUUGAUUUGUGUCGUGAUAGCGGGGCGGCGGAUGCAUUUUUUGGGAGCAGUGGUGUGGGACUGGCGGUCGGGACGGCGCAGCAGGUGGAUUGUAAGCUGUGGUCGGGCAGUGUUGUUCGUUGA